AUGGCUGCCGUCUCCACCACUAACGGACUAUGGCAAAGCUUUGUCACUGUGACGGGCUGGUCCUCGCACCAGAUACCGAUACCGGCCAACGGACGCCUCUCCAAAAGCCACACCCGAUCUCUCUCCAGCAUCCUCAGCCGAAACAGCGCCUCGAGGGCCUCGAUUUCCGAUGCAACACCCGAACUACCAUCCGUCAGCGAGCCAGCCUCUGCCAACGCAGCGCCGUCGACCCCUCGCCUUAGACGACCUUUCUCCCCGCAGCCCAUAGAUGAUGAGAAUGAAUUGACGACCCUCCCCGAUCCCCGAAGCCGGGCUAUGAGCCCCGCAAGCGGAGUUUCCAUGACCAGUCAUCACCAUCCCGACCUCGAUCAGGAGGUGGCCACCCUCAGCACGAAACUGAUCAAUGCAAUCAACCACCAGACCACCUUGGAUGAUAACCUGUCGCAAACAAAAAUGGAGCUAGAGCAGGCACGCGACAAGAUCAGGCAACUUGAACGGACAGUGGAAGAACAAAGGGAGAUGCUGGCUGGUGAUGUUUGGGUACGGAGGAAAACCGUCGAGGCGGAAAAGACAACUCUGUUGGGAGUCAUUGCCGAAGAGAAGCAGGCUCGUUUGGAUGUGGAACAGCAAAAGAAGAAAAUUGAACAGGAGUUGGAGAACCUGACAGCCGCCCUAUUCGAGGAAGCCAACAAAAUGGUCAUCUCUGCCAAGGAAGAGGCCAGGAUCGAACAGGAGAUACUGCAGCGGAAGAACGACCAACUCAGGGCACAACUCGUGGAUACCGAGGGACUACUCAAAUCACAACAGGAGCAACUAGCCGAGCUAAAGCACCUUAUGGAGGACAUGAGCGCCGAGAAGCACGAGCAGAUACCUCCAACAGCGCCUUCUUCUCCAGGUUUCAGCAAGUUUGAGCUGCAAAAUGAGGAAGGCCUUUCCGAUCGCUUACACCAUGGGCAUCACGACCGCCAACUUAGCGUGGUCGAGUCCAUGUCUCCUUCGUACCCUACCAGUUUUACUUAUCUCUUGAAGCCCGUGCUUCGUACCGACCUAGCAUCGUAUAACGACUUCAAAGAUCUCAUUCGCACAUCCAAGAGGAUCUCUGCCCAGCAGCGCGUACCCACACCAUCUACCGGCUCUGCACUGACGUCUCUUGGCCUGGGCUUAGGAUCGGUAGGUGCUCAUCUUGCGCUCGCCAAUGCCUCCAGCACGUCUCUUUCGACCAUCGCAACUGCACAAUCGACCUUCUCCCAAACCUCCACUACACCCACAACGGCCGUUACCGCCAGCCCCGGCGCCGCUGCCAUCCCUCUGCCGGCCUUGAAGGAUACCAGGUUUUACAAGAGGACCCUGACCGAGGAUAUUGAACCAACACUACGGCUCGAUAUCGCUCCGGGGCUUUCUUGGCUUGCCCGGAGGAGUGUCCUUACAGCGAUGACGGACGGCUCGCUUGUAGUAGAGCCAGUCCCAGCUGCCACAACAACAACUAGCAGGUUCGGCAGGGUUUCGAGGCCCGAGUUGAGCCCGUGCUCUCUCUGCGGGGAGUCCAGGCCAGAGGAGGAAUUUCUUCGGAAACAUCGAUUUCGGAUCAGCGAAACUGGUUCCGCGCAAACUGGAUAUGCAUUAUGCAGAUAUUGCCUGUCCCGAGUCCGAUCAACAUGCGAUUUCUUAGGAUUUCUUCGCAUAGUCAAGGACGGUCACUGGCGAGCGGAUGACGAGGAUGCUGAGAAGGCGGCAUGGGCCGAAAGCGUACGGUUACGGGAGCAGAUGUUUUGGAGCCGUAUCGGUGGCGGUGUGCUCCCGAUCACCCAUUUCCACACAAGCCAUAGUCGGGCGCCCAGUCGAGCCCCGAGUCUUCGGGGUGACAAGAGCUCCAGGACGAGUCUCGAAGCUGACAAGGAUGGAGAUGAGACGCCUGCUGCUGGUGAAGUUGAACAAUUGGCGGUAUCCGUGGCGGAGGUGGCAGAGGCGAUCCAACAGGAGAGCUCGGAAACGGAAAUUCCCGAGGUGCCUGAGCAACUCACUUCCAAAAUUACCCCGGAGCCUGUCGACCAACCCGAGAUCACAGAGAAGGACAGAGUGCCCGUGGAAGAGGUUGUGGUACCUAUUGCGAUCAGCGAAGUGUCUGAAGAGCAGGUUGAAAUCAUCGAACAAAAGGUUGAGGCUCCGGCAGACGACAUGGAGGGACCUACCGAAGAGACCAAGUUAGCUUCGGAGGAGCCCAAGACUCCCGCUAACAAGUUCGAGUUCCUCGAAGCGGAAAUCACCCAAUCCCCGCCAUCCACCGAAGAUACCCCCAAGCAGCCUGUUGCCUCCGAGGUUGAGCCAGCAACUGAGGAACCAAAGGAACUUGCUGUGACGAUAUCCGGGGCUUUCCCAGCUUGA